AUGGCCUCCCACCACCCCCAGCCUGAGCAGGCCAUCGACGAUGCCGAACUCGUCGAGGAUCACAGCCAUACCGCCGUCGAGGACUCUGUCCACAGGCGUCUGCGCGCCAAUUCCACCAUCAUGCAGUUCCAGAAGAUCCUCGUCGCCAACCGUGGUGAAAUCCCCAUCCGUAUCUUCCGUACCGCCCACGAGCUGUCCCUGCAGACCGUCGCCGUCUACUCGUACGAGGACCGCCUGUCCAUGCACCGUCAGAAGGCGGACGAGGCCUACGUGAUUGGAAAGCGCGGUCAAUACACCCCCGUGGGCGCCUAUCUGGCCGGAGACGAGAUUAUCAAGAUCGCCCUCCAGCACGGCGUCCAGCUGAUCCACCCCGGUUACGGAUUCCUCUCCGAGAACGCAGAGUUCGCCCGCAAGGUCGAGCAGGCCGGUAUCGUCUUCGUGGGCCCGACCCCGGAAACCAUCGAGGCCUUGGGUGACAAGGUGUCCGCCCGUCAGCUGGCCAUCAAGUGCGGCGUCCCCGUCGUGCCCGGAACGGAGGGCCCCGUGGAGCGGUACGAAGAGGUCAAGAACUUCACCGAUACCUAUGGCUUCCCCAUCAUUAUCAAGGCUGCCUUUGGUGGUGGUGGCCGUGGUAUGCGCGUUGUUCGCAACCAGGCUGACCUGCGCGAUGCCUUUGAGCGUGCCACCUCCGAGGCCAAGAGCGCCUUUGGAAACGGCACCGUCUUCGUCGAGCGCUUCCUCGACAAGCCCAAGCACAUCGAGGUCCAGCUGCUGGGUGACAGCCAGGGCAACGUCGUCCACCUGUUCGAGCGUGACUGCUCCGUCCAGCGUCGUCACCAGAAGGUGGUCGAGCUGGCCCCGGCCAAGGACCUGCCCACCGCCGUCCGCGACCAGAUCCUGGCGGAUGCCGUCAAGCUGGCUCGCUCCGUCAACUACCGCAACGCUGGUACCGCCGAGUUCUUGGUCGACCAGCAGAACCGCUACUACUUCAUCGAGAUCAACCCCCGUAUCCAGGUCGAGCACACCAUCACCGAAGAGAUCACGGGUAUUGAUAUCGUCGCCGCCCAGAUCCAGAUUGCUGCCGGUGCCACGCUCCAGCAGCUGGGCUUGACGCAGGAGCGCAUCUCUACUCGUGGUUUCGCCAUCCAGUGCCGUAUCACCACCGAGGAUCCGGCCAAGGGCUUCUCCCCUGACACCGGUAAGAUCGAGGUCUACCGUUCCGCUGGUGGUAACGGUGUCCGUCUGGACGGUGGAAACGGCUUUGCCGGUGCCGUCAUCACUCCUCACUAUGACUCCAUGCUGGUCAAGUGUACCUGUCUGGGAUCCACCUACGAGAUUGCGCGCCGCAAGAUGCUGCGUGCCCUGGUGGAGUUCCGUAUCCGUGGUGUGAAGACUAACAUUCCCUUCCUGGCCUCUCUGCUGAGCCACCCAACUUUCAUUGAAGGCACCUGCUGGACCACCUUCAUCGACGACACCCCUGAGCUGUUUGCCCUGGUCGGCGGCCAGAACCGUGCCCAGAAGCUGCUGGCCUACCUGGGUGACCUGGCUGUCAAUGGCAGCAGCAUCAAGGGUCAGAUCGGUGAGCCGAAAUUCAAGGGCGAGAUCAUCCUCCCCCAGCUGUACGACGAUGCCGGCAAACUCAUCGACGUGACCCAGCCCUGCACCACUGGCUGGAAGCAGAUCAUCGACCGCGAGGGUCCUGAGGCCUUCGCCAAGGCAGUGCGCGCCAACAAGGGCUGUCUCAUCAUGGACACCACCUGGCGUGAUGCUCACCAGUCUCUGCUGGCCACCCGUGUGCGUACGGUCGACCUGGUCAACAUUGCCAAGGAGACCAGUUACGCGCUGUCCAACGCCUAUGCCCUGGAGUGCUGGGGUGGUGCCACCUUCGAUGUCGCCAUGCGUUUCCUCUACGAGGACCCCUGGGACCGUCUUCGCAAGCUCAGGAAGCUGGUCCCCAACAUCCCCUUCCAGAUGCUGCUCCGAGGAGCCAACGGCGUUGCCUACUCUUCUCUGCCUGACAAUGCCAUCUACCACUUCUGCAAGCAGGCAAAGAAGUACGGUGUCGACAUCUUCCGUGUCUUCGACGCCCUCAACGAUAUCGACCAGCUCGAGGUCGGUAUCAAGGCCGUGCAGGCCGCUGGCGGUGUGGUCGAGGCCACCAUCUGCUACAGCGGAGACAUGCUGAACCCCAAGAAGAAGUACAACCUGGACUACUACCUGGAAUUGGUCGACAAGGUCGUCAAGCUGGGCACCCACACUCUGGGUAUCAAGGAUAUGGCCGGUGUCCUCAAGCCCAAGGCCGCCACCCUGCUGGUCGGCUCGAUCCGCAAGCGUUACCCUGACCUUCCCAUCCACGUCCACACCCACGACUCCGCUGGUACCGGUGUGGCCUCCAUGGUUGCGUGCGCUCAGGCGGGUGCUGAUGCCGUCGACGCGGCCACCGACAGCAUGUCUGGUAUGACCUCGCAGCCCAGUCUGGGUGCCAUCCUCGCGUCGCUCGAGGGCUCCGAGUUCGACCCCAAGCUCAACAUCCACCACAUCCGUGCCAUUGACAGCUACUGGGCCCAGCUUCGUUUGUUGUACUCGCCUUUCGAGGCCGGUCUGACCGGUCCGGACCCUGAGGUCUACGAGCACGAGAUUCCUGGUGGUCAACUGACCAACCUCAUCUUCCAGGCCAGCCAGCUGGGUCUGGGUCAGCAGUGGGCCGAGACCAAGAAGGCCUACGAGGCCGCUAACGACCUACUGGGCGACAUCGUCAAGGUCACUCCCACUUCCAAGGUUGUUGGUGACCUUGCUCAGUUCAUGGUCUCCAACAAGCUGACCGCCGACGAUGUCAUUGCUCGCGCGGCCGAGCUCGACUUCCCCGCCUCCGUUCUGGAGUUCUUGGAGGGUCUCAUGGGCCAGCCCUACGGUGGAUUCCCUGAGCCUCUGCGCUCCCGAGCCCUGCGUGACCGCCGCAAGCUCGAAAAGCGCCCCGGUCUGUACCUGGAGCCGCUCGACCUGGCCAAGAUCAAGGCCGAGAUCAAGGAGAAGUUCGGAACUGCCACUGAGUGCGACGUGGCCAGUUACGCCAUGUACCCCAAGGUCUUCGAGGACUACCGCAAGUUCGUGCAGAAGUACGGUGAUCUGUCCGUCCUGCCCACUCGCUUCUUCCUGUCCCGUCCCGAGAUUGGCGAGGAGUUCAACGUCGAGCUGGAGCAGGGUAAGGUGCUUAUCCUGAAGCUGCUUGCCAUCGGACCGCUCUCCGAGCAGACCGGCCAGCGCGAGGUCUUCUACGAAGUCAACGGUGAGGUCCGCCAGGUCACCGUCGACGACAAGAAGGCCUCCGUCGACAACACUGCUCGUCCCAAGGCCGAUGCUACCGACAGCAGCCAGGUCGGAGCGCCGAUGAGCGGUGUCGUCGUCGAGGUCCGCGUGCACGAGGGAUCCGAGGUCAAGAAGGGUGACCCUGUUGCUGUUCUCAGCGCCAUGAAGAUGGAAAUGGUUAUCUCCGCACCCCACAGUGGAAAGGUCGCCGGUCUCCAGGUCAAGGAGGGCGACUCUGUUGACAGCCAGGAUCUCGUCUGCAAGAUCACCAAGGCAUGA